AUGGAGGAAACGUUGAAGGAGACGAAGAAGACUUUGUCUGAUGCUAACAUUUCCAAGGAGGAUAUUGAAGAGAUGAGCAAGAAAUUGGCACUUCUGAAGAAGCAAGUUAUCGCUGGAAGAGAAAAGUUGGGAGCUAUUGAGACUAGAAUUUCUAAUGUUACUCAGGCUGUUGACUUUGCGCAGAAGGAUUUGGAACACUUGCAAAAGGAGGCUGAUAAGGUUACCAAGGCAACGAUCGAGUUGGAAGAUAAGGCUAGUAAGAUCAAGGAGGCAGAUGUUUUGGGAGCAUUCAACAUCACCAGAGAAUCUGGAGCCAAAUCGAUGGACGCCCAAAGAAGAACCGAUGCUGCUAUUGGAAAAUUGGCUGCCGCCGAGAAUCAAGCUAUUCGUGCUAGUGAACUUUUGGAGAAGAAUAAGAACGACUUUGAGAAGCAAUACUUGGAGAAUGAAGCAGCUCUCAACGAAGCCGAAACUCUUCUUUCCUCCCUUGAAUCCUACUUGCCACGUCUCAACGAACAAGUCUGUGGAGCUUCUAGCGCCCCUUGUGAUGCUCUUUGUGGAGGACCAGGAUCCUGUGGAUUCUGUGGAGGACAAUCGUGUAUGGAAGGAGCUGUGAGCAAAGCAACUCAGGCAAAGAGCUUUGCUACUGAAGCAGACACUAGACUGGAUGAGAAACAGAAGGAAGCGGAGGAAGUGUUGGCUAUUGUCAGAGAUGUUCUUACGGAGACCACAAAGGCUAAAGCGCAAGCUGAAAAGGCUUAUGAGGUGGCAAAGAACACUGCUCAGCGAGCCAAUAAUUCGAGAGCCGGACUUGACAAGAUUACCGAGGAGAUUGGAGAGUUCUUGAAUGCGCAGAGAAGUACUCCAGACCAAAUUCGCAUGUUGGCUGAGGAAAUUCUAGCUAAAAAGAUUAGUUUGACACCGGAUCAAAUUACUGACUUGACUGGAAAAAUCAGAGAAUCAUUGGCAAAGAUCAAUAACAUUGAUGAGAUUCUCAAUGAGACCAAGAGCAAUAAGACUAUUGCUGCUAAUUUGGAAGCUAGGGCCGUCCAUGCCAAUAAACAAGCGGAAGACCUUCAAAAGGCAAUGGAAGAGAUCCGUGAAGGACUCCAGCUCGCUGAGCAAGCUCACAAAAACGUCACCAUCGUCCUUGAAGAAAUCGACACCAUGCAGAAACAAGCCAGAGAGCACAUUGAAAAGACUCGAAACUCUACUGCUCUUGUUGAGGAGAAGGCUCAGAAUGCCAACACGACAUUGACAGAGUUGGAGAGUGUGAUGAGUGGAGUCAAGGUGGAAUAUCUCCAGAUUUCGGAAUCAGCUAAGAAUGCGUUGACUACUGUAGAUGCCGCGUUGGCAGCUGCUACCAAUGCCGAGGAGAAGAAUAAGCAGAUUCAGUCCGACCUGGAACGUGCGAACGAGUUGCUCGAGAAGCGAAUGGAAGGAAACGUGGCACCACAGCAGAGAGCCGAAAAAUUGAGAGAACGAGCUGGAAAGUUAUUGUACCAGGCACAGAGGCACAACGAUGAUAUUGAUAACUUAUCGAAAGACUCGACCGAAAUGAGACUGGACGACUACGAGGCAAUUCUGGCUGAUCUUCAUGCCCGUCUGCAACGAGUUUCAGACGAUAUCAGUGAGAAGACCGACUUCCAUGCCACGUGUGGAUAA